ACUGCUCAGCUAGAACAAGCCUGAUCUGCUUGCACCAUGUUCGCCAUGAAUGAAGUUCAGCUUCUCUUUGUACUGUUUUUUCUCAGACACACAGUUCAAGGAUAUCACAUCAUACAUGGACACAAAGCUCCACCAAACUCAAUGCCGUAUAUGGUCUCAGUGCAAAGCAAUGGGAAACAUGCAUGUGGAGGAUUUCUGAUCAGUGAGGACUUUGUGGUCACUGCUGCACACUGCAGUACACCAGAACCUGAUGUGGUUGUUAUGGGAAAUCAAGAUAUCCAGAGUUCAGACAUACAAACAAGGAACAUUGAAUACAUUUGCAAACAUCCGAGUUACCAGAAUCUUGGAUUUGGCCAUGACAUCAUGCUUCUUAAACUCUCUGGAAAAGUCUCUUUAAACAACAGGGUGAAAACCAUUAAAUUUCCAACUUCUGAUAUAAUCUUAGCCGACAAUGAAAACUGUUCAGUUGCUGGAUGGGGUAAAGAUGAAACCCAUAACGUCAGUCAUUAUCUGAGGGUGGCAAAUGUGCGGAUCGUAAAUCCAAAAGUCUGUCAGAUGCAAUGGGAUAAUACUCUUCCACCCAAUGUGAUCUGUGCUGGUGGAUAUCAGACAAACAAAGGUUUCUGUCAGGGUGAUUCUGGUGGCCCUCUGGUGUGCAACGGGAUUGCUGUUGGUAUCGUGUCAUUCAACAGAUAUAGAAAGUGCGACUACCCGGAUGUACCCAACAUCUACACAGAUAUCUCUAAAUAUCGUCAGUGGCUCAAUACCGCUUUGAAGGAAAGGAGAUGUAGUCCUUAAAGUUUUAGAAUGAAACAUUGUUCCAUGUCACCCUCAGUUUGUGGGUGGUGAAGUUGUGCCUUUUAUUUAGUUUGCAGUGUCAGCUUCUGCUCUUCACCUGAAUUAUGCAAUAAAACAACAGCCUUUCAAAUGC